UAAAGGGUUCGCACUCCCCCCUGCUGGUUGCUCCAAACUCCAGGAACCGGCCUCAAUCCGUUUGAUCGCCCGCUCGCACCUGUCCGCCAUCCCAUCCGUCUCCAGUCCUUCUUCCUCGCCUACGUUUCCUCCCUUAAGGUAGUACCUGAGGAGCAACACAGCAAGAAGAAAAACAAAUACGGCCAGCCCAGCAAGCAUGGACUACACGCACACGACAUACUUUGCGGGCGCUGCGCCCUAUCAGUUUAUAGGGGCUCAGGUCCCCCCUCUGACGCCUGCGCAUUCAAACUCAGUGGCUUCGGAUGAUUUCAAUACCACGUCGCCCCCGGAUAUCUACGACCAGUUCCCCAACGACAUACCACACGAUCAGUUUCAGAACUUCGACGGCUAUGUCCCCUUCAAUUCGUCGCAGGCCUUUCCGGGCCCGCCGACACCGCCAGGCCAGCAUCCCGUGCAUGCUGCAGCCGUGCCGCCGCCGCCGCCGCCGCCCGUGAACGGCCUUGUCGGCUCCACCCCUGAGAUCGUGCCCGUCUCCAAGACGGAGCCCGACGAUCAAGCUCCAAGUCGCAAGCAGGCUUCCAACUCGGAGGAUGAUGAUCUUACCCCGGCUCAAUCACGGCGCAAAGCCCAGAAUCGCGCAGCUCAACGAGCAUUUCGGGAGCGCAAGGAACGCCAUGUCAAGGACCUCGAGAGCCGCCUGCAGCAGCUUGAACAAGCGCAGCAGGACGCCGUCUCGGAGAAUGAGCGGCUGAAGCGGGAUCUCCAGAAGAUGAGCACGGAGAACGAGAUCCUCCGGGCGACCUCGAUGGCCACUGCCAACGCCGGAGCACCAGGCGCCGCGGCGCCCACGACGACCGGGCCGAUGUCAUACAAGCCGACGGACUUCUACUCAAACGUCCUCCAGGGCCAUGCCAACAAGACUCCGAGUCACAGGGUGGUGACAAGCGAGAAGGGGGAGCGCCUCCUCGCGGCAGGGGCAACGUGGGAGCUGAUCGUCAAUCACGAGCUGUACAAGCGCGGGCUUGUUGAUGUAGCCCAGGUCAGCGAUCGGCUCAGGCCCCAAGCCAAGUGCGACGGCCAGGGACCCGUGUUCGAAGAGAGCGCCAUCAUCGAGGCCAUCGAGCAGAGCGUUGUUGAAAACAGUGACGAGCUGCUAUAGAUGUGCUUCAAGCCAGCACGCGUGACGUCUGGCGUCGGCCCCUCAGGCACGCCAAAACAAACCCGGCUCGACUUGGUCGCGCGUCGUGACAAUGAAAUGACCACUAUG